AUGGAUGGUUUAACAUGGCUAAUCAUAUCUUGGCUUAUCGUGGGCGUAUUAUGCUAUUUCAUGCUUGCAAAAGUAGGUGCACCUCAGACGACAGUAACCACCGAAGUAAAUGAUAAUGUCAUCAAAUCCCACACUACUUCCAGCAAAUGGAGUAGUGAUGAACAUUCAACAGACUGGUUAAAUGAUAUGAUCGGAUGGCUAUUCAAUAAUAUGCACCGUGUACCGGAUAUCUUACAAGCUUGGAUAAUAGCUAUGAAUGAGGCUGCUAAAAAAAUUUCCAUACCUGGAAAAUUUGAAGUAUUGUUCGAAGGUUUCAGCGAUAAUAAGAACGUUACAAGAGCCCCACGUAUUACUGAUAUUCGUCUACAACAAUCACCUAAUGAUCAUCUUAUUAUAAAAAGUAAAAUCAAUAUACCAGAAGUAAACCUCAAACUGAUGAGUUCGCAACGAACAGGCGAUCGAUUAGUAGUUACCAAUUUUGAUGCAAAAGUCACUGAUUUGCAUGGCGAGAUAGAAUUACGUUUGGCAUGCAUCGCGAACCAAAUCUACAUGAUGGCAUGCUUUUGUGGACGACCUGAAUUAGACAUAGAACUGGUAAAUAGGAAUCCUGCUCCGACGGGAACGGUUUCCAAUACGAUAGUGGAUGAAAUGAUCCGUAAAUGCCUUCUUUCCGCUGUUACGAAUGUAUCACUAUCGGAACCUGGUGGAAAGUGUGACAAAAUGACAACCGGUAUGAUGCCACCUAAUGUACUGAUAAUUCCACGUGCGAUGUCAAAAAAUGUUCAUGGACCGGAUGAGGUUGAUAUUACUGAUAAUUUGGUUACAGUACCAGCACAUGAAAUGACGAAACGGAUCAAUCAGUCAGUAUCGAUACAAUUAACGAAUCACAGUACUAAACUGCAAACAAAACCGAAUAAAAUGCAUGUAAAAGUUAUUCGAGCGCAACAACUUGGCGGUGAUCGUAGUAGGAAUUUUUCAUCUAUUUGCAUUGAGGAAAACGUUGAAUUUCUUCUAAUUUGA